GGAUUAAUUUGUUUGUGUUAGAAAUGGACACCUUUAUUGACGAGCACACUCAGCUGAUGAGGAAGUGGGAAGCGGAAUUCAUUCAAUCCAUCGCUGAAGCGGUCAGGAAGAAGGAAUCAGAGAUCUUGGAGAUCUCCAAGGCGGUCAAGAAAUCCUUAUCCAUCCAGGAAGAGGUUUCUAAAGGCCAGCCUCUCAACAAGCAACUGGAUUUGGCCCUCGAGAAGAUGGGUCAAAUCAAAGACAUUACCGCAAUGAUCUUGAGAACCGAUCCCAAAAAGGCCAAAUCCAAGGAAAGCAUCAAAGUCAUGGAGGUUGAAUUGGAAAAUUUGAAGCAAGAAAAGAUUAAGGCCGUGGAUUAUUUUGCCAAGAAAAGAGAAGAAGAUGUCAAAGCUCUUCAAGCUUCAUGUAAUGAAUUUGAAGAUGAAUUAGGAAUACUGAGCAAAGAUUUUGAGGCCCAUGCUCCAUUCACUUUGAGUUGGAAAAGUCACGAGGCUUUGGCCGAUCUUGAAGUGUUUGGGGGUAAAAUUGAAACCCUAAAGAAUAAAGAACGUUCCAACGUGAAUCAAGCUUCAGCAUUGGAAUUGUUCCUGGACGUGUCCUCUCAUCUGAUGAACCUGGAAAGCAGUGUGGCAGAAUUGGCAUCCAUUUGGAAGAUUGUGGGUGAGUUUGAAGGGUUUCAAAAUAGCUUGAAGGAUCUCCAAAUCAUGGAAGACAAUCUCGGGACAGUGUCCGCUCGCUUGGAAGAGAUCAGUGGGAAUCUCGGCGAAUUAACGAAACUUGAAAAGUACCAAGACCUUGAAAUCUUUGUCUCAAUGAAGAGUAGCGUUGAGACGUGCGAGGUCAUCUUCAAAGUCAUCGUGGCCAUGAUGUCGCCGAGUUUGAGAUCUCGUCAUUGGGAAGAAAUUGGCCACUUCUUAGGUACCUACGACAAGAGCUCAAUCCUGGAAAACAAGACAUACGAUGAAGUGAUUUCCAUUUUUAUGGAGAAAAGUGUUGUGCCUGUUCAUGAAAUUGUUAACAGGGCAAUCGAUGAGCAAAACAUUGAGCUUGAAUUCAACGACGUAAAAUCUGGUAUAGAGAAACUUGAACCGACCUUUGGGGUCAGUGGCCUUGGUAUUGCGUCUAUUUCCAACCACGAGGAACUUUUGACGCUGCUCAGAGAAGUGCUAACCAACUUGCAAUCUUUGAGAACCAAUCCCGGUUCCUUUCCAUUCCGAGAGGAUUUAUUGGCUUUUGAAAACUCGGUUGUCGUUACAUUUGAACGCAUCGAAUAUUUCGUUGAUAUUGAAACUGACCUGAACUCCUUGUGUGAAACAUUCUCGUUGUUCAGUCUUCAUCUUCAGGCCAACAAUCUCCAAGCCUUUUUGGGAGACAUAUGUGCUCUGUGGCAAGAAGUGUACGGAGUUUUGGCUGAAAAAGUCAAUGUUAUUGAUGCCAUGUCUGAGGACGUUAACGAGGAUUUGGUUGUUGUCACCGAAUCGAUCAAGGAAUUGCAAAAAGACGCAACUCACUUGCUGAAGAGUCGGUUGUCGGCCUUUCCAAGACUUCAAUUGUACCUACUCCAGGCCAAAUCCUUCAACCUGGCCAAGGUUUUGUCACCAAAUCACAUAUCAGUAAUUUUCUCUCAGAUUAAGCGUUUGGUUAUUUCCCCGUCAAAACCCGGACAAAGGUCAGAAAUCAUUGGGUUCAUUACUUUCUAUGACCUUGAAAAGAAGUUCACUGAACCGAUACGAGUGGGUGAUGUCCCAGUGGAAAACGUCUUGAUGGCUAUCCAAGAGCAGAGUAGAAGCAUAUUCAAGAGAGAGAUCCUGGAGAGCAUGGAACAUUUUCGACACAACAAGCAAGAGCGACUGAUUGUGUCCCAUCAUGCGGCGUUUGUGGGCAGGAUGGUGAUCUUCUGGACUCGCUUGAACACAGCAUUGGGCAACGAUCUGAAGGACUUCCAAAAGUGGUUGGUGAAGACGUACGAUAUUGCUUUAGGGAAAGUGGCCAAUCUGCAAGCCCUGUUUGCUUCUCUGAAAGCAAAUGAAGCCCCAGAAGAUGCCAUUAUCUACAAUCGAAACCUUUUGGGCAUGGAACUGAACAUCAUAACGGUACUCUGUGGAUUUUUGCAAAAGAUUAAGGACGGUUGUUGCAUUGAGAAUCUUCAUGAUCAUCACGACCAAUUGGUCACCUAUUCAUAUUGCAAAGAGACGGGACAAAUUUGGGUUGGAUUUAAUCGGGAGCGCCUAAUCUUUGGAUAUGAUGAGACGCCACUUUUUGACUUCAUUCACUACCACAAACACGUAGAGAAGAAUGUUCACGGACUCCUGGCACAAUUCUCUCAGAAACGUGGUACAAUAUUGGAGGGGGAUCCAAAGUGUAAUCGAACCACGAGUUUGAAAUAUCUGGCUCUUGUCUUGGGGAGGCAUUUGACUGUAGUCAAUCUGUUCAAAUAUUCUCAUAUCCCAUCCUUAAAGGAUUUGUUGAUGAUUCUUCAUAAUAGUUUGGAUUUGAUAGCCUUGAAGUACGACACCCCUGAGUCCAUUGAAGAAAAAGAACUUUACAAAUUGAUUCAAACUAGUUCAUCAGUAGCUCAUGAACAUCAGAGCAAUGCUUUGGGACUAAUACCUGAGCCUAUAGCAAGUCGCAUAUUCUUCAUUUGCCCUAAAGAUGUUCAAGUGAACUUGGGCAAGGCUUUUAAAGCCCUACAUGCUGCAGAACCCAAUUUGAAACUCAUCAUCAAACAAUGUCUACAAGGCUUUGGGAUCGACCCAAGUGUUCGAAUGAUUCAAAGCAUUUUUGUCCUAUCCCAGCUACAUUCGAAAAGCUUUUCUGAAACGGGAUCCGCGCUUAGCCUACUCCAUGAUAAGAAGGCCUAUAAACGUAGUGACGCUUUCCAAGAGAUUCGUGACCUUUUCCUUGAUGGCGACUUUGCUAUACGCCAGAUCUUCAAUAAGCGUGAACCAUUCAUGAAGACCAUUGGCCACGAGUGCAUCAAUGAGAUUGUCGAGGAGACUUUCAAGGACCCGCAUGAUGCCAACCAAUUUGAUUCCAGCCUUAACGAGACCGCUCGUACCAUGAAGUUGACCAUGAAUAGGUCAUUCAAGAAACAAGUGGAACUCCUGUUUGACACGAUUCAGCAUCAUGAUAUUUUGGCACUUUGCGGACCCAGUAUGACCGGCAAAACAACCUCCUGGCAAGUGGUGGGAGCUGCCCUGGACAUGGAUAUUCAUCAUCUGCCGACAGCCAUGUUCUUUCAAAAGGAGCUGUGUCAAAGCUUGGAGCUACUUUUGGGCCAUUUGGCAAGUAGACGAAGGGCUCUUCCAAGGAAGACCAUUCUCAUAGUUUUGGAAGGAGAAGUCAUCCCUGAGCUACUCGAACAUGUCCUACCUCUGAUUCGGAAUUCGAUCACUCUCCUCAGCAACGGCAAGCUAUUGAUCCAAACCAAAGUGAUCAAAGUUAUUAUUGAAACUCAUGACGUGAAAUUGGUCCAAAAAGGGAACAUCCGGAUUCCCAUCCUCAAAUACCAAUCUCAUAACCUACCCUUUGAGGCCUUUGUGAGGAAGAGUUACUUUUCCGUCUUCAAACUGAUCCAUAACACUCAAAGAGUAUUGGAUAGAAUCGAUUUUCAUAUCCGCUUGUUCCUAGAAUGUCGGGAGCAAUUGGGAAUCAUGGAAGAAAUCAAGAAUAAUGUGGCCAUGGUCAACAACAUGCUUCUCAUGUUAAAAGCAGUGGGAUUCCAUAACCUGGAUUCAGAAUAUGAUCAAGGACAGACUUUGAUAUUUGUUUGUCUCUUCUGCUUUGGCCAGGAUCUUCCUGCAGACCAAAAGGAUCAAAUGGAGGCCAUAAUUCGAAAGAAGCUUGAAUGUGCAGAUAUACCGACAGAUGAUGCCAUGUGUGAGUACUUUUACUUGGAAAAGUCAUGGAAACCGUACUUGAGCCGCCAGAAUCCUGACAGUGCGCUAUUACCCAAGCACUGUAAAGCGCUCCAAAUUGCCAAGAUUUUAUCCACGGCACUUAUUCCUGUUGAGUUCAUUGGAGCCCCAAAUUGUGGAAAGACCUUGAUCAUGCAAGAGUUAGCUAAAUGCUUCUUCAAAGAUAGCACAAUUCACAUUCAAGCCUCUCAAACGACCCCUGAGAAGAUUUUGAGUCAUGCCUUAUUUGGUUCAAUGGAGCCUAAAAAUAAGAGACCAAAGUCGCUGAUACCCAAUCAUAACUUGCUAAGAAUCUUCAUUGAUGACGUGAGUUCAGGAAGCGAAAGGUUCCAAGAGUCUGUGGCAUUCCUUCUUAAGUAUAAGAAGUGGCUGUGUGAUCAAGGUAUCAUUAAAUUUGAACGCACCUCUUUCGUUAUCAGUAACACGCAAAACGAGUUGAAAAGUGGAGAUCAAAACCAUUUUCGGAUUCAUUUGGAGCCUUUGACUGAAGACGAUCAAAUUGACAUUUUCCAGAGGUCCAUGAAAGAAUUCUUGAGCCCCUUUGAAAUGGAAGUCUUGUUCCAAAUGAAAAAGAUCAUUCCCGCCAGUGUGAAGGUCAAUGCCAUUGAAAUCGAAGGCCACGAAAGGUUUGGCCUUCAUGACCUUUCACGAAUCAUUAUGGGUAUGUACCGAGCCAAUCCGGACUGUCAGGACACUGAAGAGAGCAUAUCUAGCUUGUGGGUUCAUGAGAUUGCUCGAACAUACCGGGACAAACUCCAGUAUUCUCAGCAUGAAAAUUUAAACACUAAAGUUCUCAAAAUUCUCAAGUCCUUUGUCGGUCGCAAUAGUGAGUCUCGGUGGAUGAGUGCCCAAGACAUCAUUUAUGGCAACUUUAUCAACCGCUACCAAUUCUAUACCGAGCUGGAUGUGGAAAAAGUUCGAUCCUAUCUGGACAAAGAAAUCAAGGCAUAUAAUGCUGCCAAUAAAUUUAAGCUCUCACUGGUUCCAACUAUUCACGCCUCAAAAACAUACAGCAAGCUACGUCGACUUGCCACACAAACUGGGGGCCACGUGGUCAUUCAUGGAGCAAGUGAGUUGUCCCUUUUGUCUCUUGUGCAAUUGAUAGCCUCUCAAAUUGGUGCAAAUAUGAUGCUGAUUCUUCCGUCCGAUCUCAAAAGAAACCAAUGGCAAACCAUUUUGAGAUCCUUGGUGAGAAAAUGUGGAAUGGAGAAUGAGAACUGCAUCUUGUUCCUCACCAUGAUCAAUAGGCGUAGUAUGGAAGACGUUUGCACAAGCUUGGAAUCCAUCAUCAAUGUUGGUUAUGAUCCCUUGUUGUUCUCUUAUGAUGAGAUUCAAGUAAUGUCUGAAAAGGAAAACUACUUGGAAGAUCUCAGAACCAAAGUUAAGAAGAAUCUGCACUUGUUCCUGGAUAAUGUCCUUGUGGAUAGUCCAGCAAUACAGAAGUUCCUUUCCAUUUUAAAUCUGGCCCCCAAUGAGGAUGCUAUGAAGAGCUUGGGAGAAGAAGUACUGAAGGACCGAACUUUACCUCAAGAGCUCUUACUGGAAAUGGCCGUUCACCAGGAUAUCCGGAGCUUCAAUACAUUCGUUCAGGUCUUUGAGGGCAAUUUCAAGAGUUGCGAAGAUUUCUACAUCACAAUUGAGCAAGACAUCACCGUGCUCUUGCUGAAAAUUGAUGAGAACAUGGCCAAUGCCAAAAACCAGAUUGCUCAACUUGGAGAGCUCCGUGACAAGAAAAAGACUCUGACCACAGAAUUGGGUGACAUGCAGAAGCAGAAUAUAAAGAUGAAAAAGGAGAUUGAAGAGUUGGAUACUAACAUCGAAAGUCACCUGAAGAGCCAGCAUGAAGAUCAAUUGGCCAUUAUGAGAGCCCAAACGUUGGUUGGCCAAGAGAUGGCUGCCAAUUAUGGACUUUAUCAAAUCAAGCUCAACGAGAUUAACGAGUGUCUUCAUCACAAGAAGUCGCACGACAUUUUCUUGAACUUCUUUGAACAGGAGGAAGCUGUUGCCGUCUACAUGAGAGCUCUUCACGAAGUGUUUGGGGUCGAUAUUGAAGAGUCCGAAGAUAAAGUAAGGAGUCUUCAUCAAGCCAUGAUCAACUUGAAUGAGUCUAAAAUUCACGAGAUCAGUGAGAACCUGGAGCUUCAAGCCUUGAGAAAAGAUCUUAGCUCAGAGGUUCAAUCUCAAUCUUGCUUAAUGGAUUGCAUCAUUGAUGCCCACAAACGCAUUGAAAGCCUUGCCAAAGUUCUGAAGAUGAAGAGCUCUAAAUUUGCUCGAAUUGAGAUCUUGAGCAAGAAUGUUGAGAAGGAAGAGGUCGUUCUUGAUGACUUGCGGAUCCAGAAGAUUGAUAAAGAGCACGAAGUGAAAGACAACCUAAAACAGAUUGCCAUUCUUCAAAAGGAGAUCAGUGCAAGAUCGGAGAAGAUCAACAUCCUGGAGCAAUUUUCUAGUGACUUUAAGAGCACCCAAACGGAGCUCAAGAACCUCAUAACCAUGCUCAAGGAUGGGAGGAGUGUAGUCAAAGGCAAGAUCAGCACACUAAGUGGGACAUUGGCACUUUUUGCAGCCUUCAUUGCCUACUGUGGGCCUUUAUCCUCCAAUGAAAGGAAUCUAGUGGUAAAAAGAUGGACUAGGGUCCUAAGGCAAGAGGCCCAGGAACUGUUUUUUGAGCUGGACUUUAUGAGGGUACCAAUUCAAGGAAGGGUCAAGUUCAAUUCAGCCUUGAGCUAUCAAGACGUCCCUCGUAUUUACGAAAAUAUGACCCUCCUGGACUUCCUUCCCAAUCCAAUAGUAGUGAUUGAUCCCCAGAAUAUCUCGAUCGAGUAUCUAUUCAAGUCCUCAAAGACGGGAGUAAUUUACUGCGGUGAUCCGGAUUUUGAUGAGGAAUUCAGACAGUUUAGCACCAAGUUCCAAUCCAUCAUUGUUCGUCACUUUGUCUUUGACCACGGAAUCUUCCAAAAGACACAAGAGCAUUUUGUGCGGCAUGGAGAUCAGGUCCAAGUGUACCAUGUGGUCAAUGAAUUGAAUGAAGACCAUGGGAUUUGCCCACUGAAUAUUCUUGACUUUGAACUGCAAGGAGCAGACCUGACGUCUUACAUACUACAUCAUCUGAAGAUUCAGAUCAAUAAUGCUGAUCCAAUAUCCGAGGAAGACAAAAUCGAGAAAUUGAAGAAUCGUUUUGAAAAGAUUCAACAAGAGAUUCGCCGUUUCCUAAGUAAUCCAUUACAACUCUCCGAAUUAAGUGAAGUCAAAUCUGCUGUCGAUAGGAUCAAGAAACAUCUGAGAGAUGACAAUGCAAGUGACGAGAUCCUGCCUCCCCAUUUAAAAUCUCUAGAGAUGGCAAGUGAAGUCUUUGCAGACUUUUACACCACUGUUCUGGAAAAACCAUUCGAUUAUUUGCGAAUGGCACCCUUGAAGAAAACCAUUGUCAUGUUUCAAGGCUUCUUCGAAAAGAUCAACUCGCAAAACCUCUCGACUCAUCAGGAUGUUGCUCUCGUUGUUGCAGAGCAAACUUUCAAGGCCAUCAUGCCUCAUUUAGUGGAACGAGAUUUCAUCACAUUGUCAAUCCAAGUGAUUUUUUUUCUUUACUUGUGCGAAACUGACUCGGACGCCCGGAGCCUUAGCGACCUUUUGGACAAGUUUCCUUUGGUCAGCUCCCAAAAUAUUGAGGGCUUCGCUCUCACUCUCAAGAGCUUCGAUCAAAACACGUUCGUAUGUAGCUCUUUACGACAAAUCGUCAAACUUUUACUUUUGGAAGAUUAUACGAAAUUAUUUGACCACGUCCAUGCUAGCAUUGCGCAAUUGUUUAAAGUACAUCAUGUCAAGGAGUGCAAUUUGGAAAAGAUCUACUCGCUUAAUCAGAGCAAAACUAUCGUGAUCCACUCUGACAAGUUCAUCCAAGUCCUGGAGAUCAUUGGCGAGUUUGCUCAACGUGUUGGCGUGGAUUCACCAAUUGUACUUCAUACCCUGCACCACAAUGAGGAAAUGUUUUGGAUCUUGGAAGAGGCUCUUUUCGAAGGCCAUUGGGUCGUUUUCCAAGUGGAUGCUUGGAAUCGGAAUUGCCUAAACUAUGUGCGGUUUCUAUUGGAGAAAUGCGCGGCCAAAACUUCACAUGCUAAUUUUAGGUCCUGGAUCAUCUGCCCUGACUUGGAAACGUUUCUACCCCUCACAUCAAUGACUGUGCCAAUCAAUUGUAUUUCUCUUGAGGAAAUGGAAAAGGAUCGAAUUUAUUCCACAAAUGCAAGCGAAACACAAGAAAGAUAUCCAAAGCACUUUAUGCGGAGAUAUCGUAAGAAGAUAAUCGAACGCUUCCGCAAGAUCUUAUUGGACAUUAACCAAACGAGUUUUUCAGCUGAUAUAUAAUGAAGCUGAGCAUAUUUGUAACGUUAACAAAGAGAACAACACUCCGAAUCCGACUCUGUCUUUAACGGUGUGGGUACUUCACUUGCUGCCACUUGGUCUAUUUCAGACACCUAAAUGUUAAUAAAGAUCAAUCUGUAUUCAUGUUAU